AGGAGAGGGAAGUGGGAGGGAGCCGGGAGAGAGUCUGGUCCGGGAACUUGGCCCUUCGGAGGGUACCGGUGGAGAAGGCCGUGCUGGUGGUGAGGAGGGAAGGCUCCAGGAGCCAGAGCGGGCGCAGGAGCUGCGGGCCUGAAAACACUCUUUUUAGAGCAUCUCCUGGUGCCCUCAGAAAUGUCUUCCUUAAGUGGCAAAGUCCAAACUGUUUUGGGCCUAGUGGAGCCAAGCAAACUGGGCCGCACCCUGACCCACGAACAUUUGACAAUGACCUUUGAUUUCUGUUACUGUCCACCUCCUCCAUCUCACGAAGCUACCUCUAAGGAACCUAUUAUGAUGAAAAAUUUGUUUUGGAUUCAGAAAAACCCUUAUUCCCAUAAAGAGAAUCUUCAGCUGAAUCAGGAAACGGAAGCAAUCAAAGAAGAAUUGUUGUAUUUUAAAGCUAAAGGUGGGGGUGCUUUAGUGGAGAACACGACCACCGGGAUCAGCCGUGAUGUGCAGACUUUGAAGUGGCUGGCAGAAGAGACUGGCAUCCAUAUCAUAUCAGGAGCCGGGUUUUAUGUGGAUGCAACUCACUCUUCAGAGACCAAAGCCAUGUCAGUGGAACAGCUCACUGAUGUCCUCGUUAACGAAAUUCUCCACGGGGCUGAUGGAACCAGCAUCAAGUGCGGCGUUAUUGGGGAAAUCGGUUGCUCCUGGCCUCUGACUGAGAGUGAAAGAAAGGUUCUCCAGGCGACAGCCCAAGCCCAGGCUCAGCUUGGCUGUCCUGUUAUCAUUCAUCCUGGAAGGAAUCCAAGUGCACCCUUUCAAAUUACCCGAAUAUUGCAAGAAGCAGGUAUAGACAUCUCCAAAACAGUUAUGUCCCACCUUGAUAGGACUAUACUUGAUAAGAAGGAACUACUGGAGUUUGCUCAACUUGGCUGUUACUUGGAAUAUGAUCUCUUUGGUACUGAACUCCUUCAUUACCAAUUCAACCCAGAUAUUGACAUGCCUGAUGAUAAUAAAAGAAUUAGAAGGGUGCGUCUUCUGGUGGAUGAGGGCUAUGGAGAUCGAAUUCUGAUGGCACAUGACAUACACACAAAGCAUCGGCUGAUGAAAUAUGGAGGUCACGGCUAUUCUCACAUACUCACCAACGUUGUUCCUAAAAUGUUGCUUAGAGGUAUAGCUGAGAAUGCACUUGAUAAGAUACUGAUAGACAACCCUCAGCGAUGGCUGACUUUCAAAUAGGAUGGUUAUAAAUUCACACCUUGAAAAUAAAGCUUACAGAGAACACUCAGUGAUUUCAAACCUGCUGUGAGAUAUUAAUUAAUCAGAGCUACAUAGGAGUAGUGAUGGGUCAUUUCCUUUUUAUAAGAGUUAGAAGCACUUUGCCUUCCCAGAGACUGGCUCUCACACCUGCACCUUCAGGGAACUGCUGUACCUCACGGAGCCCUACCGCUUGGCUUUAGCAAAAUAAACACAGAACUACCAACUUCCAAACAAUGACUUACAGUUUGAAUCCCUUUAGUGAAGUUUUGUUUUGUUUUCUCAAUUUAUCAGCUGCCCUACUUGAAAAUUUAAAUGUUUUUAGUUAAAUCAGCCCCUUUUGGAGCAGUCCAAUGUUUCUCAUAAUAUUGGUGAUCCAACUAAUUAUCCUGCUGUUCUUUAAUUAAUGCUUAAUGAAUGAUAUGGCACUUUAAAAUAGCUUCUUCAGCAAGGGAAGUUGAAUUCUGAGAUUUUUUUCAAUAGAUACCAUAAGACAAUUACCAAUUUACAAUGGAAAAAAAUAGUGCGGAAGGUUAAUUAUGAGCUGUCCACCUAUUUAUAUAUACUUAUAAUAAAUCAAUUUGUGUUGCCUGUGGCUUUCUGAAAUAAAGUUUUGCUAUACA